UUUGUCCCCUUUCUUCUCCUUCCCUUCCUUCAAAAUCUUGCAAAACAUUUGUAGGAAAAACAGCACACUACCGUUCGUUUCCAAAGACAUCCCAGCACCCAAAAACAAAACCAUCUACAAGAAGAAGAAGAAGAAGAAGAAGAAGAAGAAGAAGAGAAUGAGAAGUAGUGGGGUUGGAUUGGUGGUGGUGGUGGAGUAUUUGGAGUCGUCCAUGUCCGAACACCUUCUCUGCAAGUUUCCAGACAACUCGGCCUUCGAUUUCGACUACUCCCAGAGUUCCAUCUGGUCUCCUCUCGUCCACCGCCACUUCCCUCCUCCUCCGUCUUUCGUCUCCGCCGCCUUAUCUACUACUUCUCAUUCCGACAUUCCCACCCAAAGAAAGUUGUCGUAUGAAGACGAAAAGAAAGAGGACAAUGAGGACAAGGAAUUGUUGCUCGGAACCAAUCUAAAGCAAGUCACCACCAAUCUCAGGAACAAGAUCACCACCACUCUUUUUGACAAUUUUCAAAAUGUCAGCAAUAGGUACACUAAGAUGAUGAAGCAGAGGAAGACUAAGAAGAAUAAGCAAAAGGGUCAUAACUUUGAUUUUUCUCCACCCUCUCUUUCUACUGCCAAGAAGGGGGCUUCACCAAGAAAGGAGUGGGCAAAGAUUUUGAAAGUUGCCUCUAAACGUUUCAAGAAGAAGAAAGAUCUCACAGCUCAUAAUAUCAACAAGCAGCUAUUCAAUUCUUCUAUCUAUGGACCUUAACUUCCCACAUUUCUUUCUUCUUCUUUUGGGCUUUAUUCUUAAUUUUUCAUUUCUCUCAUUUGUAUUCCCCUUCCCCUUCCGCUAUGCUAGUACUACAACAGCAUUAGAGUUUCUAAAUUGCAUUAAUUUCCAUUUGUUCUUUUGUGUACUCUACAACUUUAUAAGUUAUAUUUGUUUCGAAGAAGUGUUAACAAUUUUGAUA